UUAACUACAACAUUCACAACAGCAACGUGCUUGGCGUGACCGGAGCAAAAAGCUCAUGUUAUUUCGACUAGCAGCUCGAUGUCUAGCGAAUUCAAGUUUAAUUUCGGGCUUCCAGCAGUGGAUGAUGAAGCUGAUGAUAAUAUACAAGUUAGUGAUACACAUAAAUUGAAUAAAUCGCAAAAUUACUCUGGAUGUGGUGGAGAUGCAUCAGUGUCAUUCAAGCAGCAUGCUGUGGAAAUUAUUAAAUAUUUACCAACAAUUCGCAAACUUAUCAAAGCGGAGUCACUUGGUGUCUUACAUCUGAUGAGCAACGAAGUUGAAAAUAGCGGGCCUUCGUCGUUAUGGUAUCUAAAUCAGGAAUCAGUGUAUGGUCUUUUGGAAGCCAGUGAACCUGGUGAUGUAACUGCAAAUCUGUGUGAGUUGAUGAAGCAUUCAGAUCUUAGAAGCGGAGUCUAUGAAGGAGGAUUUAAAAUAUGGGAAUGCUCAAUCGAUCUUGUAAAGUUUUUGGCAUCUGAUAAUGCCAAUUUGCAAGAUAAAGAUGUCCUGGAACUUGGAUGUGGUGCAGGACUUCCUGCACUUUACUGCCUUGUAUGUGGGGCAAAUUUUGUUUGCUUCCAAGAUUUCAAUGAGGAAGUUAUUAAUUAUUUUACAGUUCCAAAUAUUAUUUGCAACUUGAAGCAGCAAUCACCCCAUAUAGAUGACACAUGUCUUGCUGAUCUUGUGAACAGAAAGACACUGAUGCUAUCAGGAGACUGGGUAGAUGUUUGCACAUGCCUUAAAACAAACAAGAAAAAGUUUGAUUUAAUACUUAGCUCAGAAACAAUUUAUAAUACUGAAAAUUAUGAAAAACUGCACAAGCUCUUGUGUGAUUGUCUGAAAGAAAACGGACUUGCACUUUUGGCAAAUAAAUCUUACUAUUUUGGUGUUGGUGGAAGUUCCAAAGACUUUAUUGAAUAUAUUGAACAGCAGGGGAAACUUGCCCCCAAAAUAGUUCACCAAGUAGACAAGGGUGUAAAUCGAGAAAUUGUGCAGGUCAAGUGGAAGCAGUAAUUUUUAAAUUAUUUGAAUUCUGAUUUGUAAGUUUUGUUUUAUGCCUGAAGUCAUCAACAAGCAUUUUAUUUAAAAUCUUGUUACCACAGUUGGAUAGUUUUAUAUAAAUAAUGAUAUAUAUGUAUAUAUAUAUAUAUUGUGAAGCUGAAAGGAAAAUUUACUGAGAAUCACUUCCAACUUUUAAAAAGUGCUUCUACUGAUGUUUUUUCAUAAUUAAAGGAGGAACCUAGCUAGAAAAGAAGACAGCUCAUUCUUUAGAAAAGAAAUAUAUCGGCAUUGUUUGCUUUAUGUAAAAGUGCAGUGCUGUUUAAUGAAAUCUUGAGUAAGUCGCAGUAUAAUAUUUGUUAGUUUGCAUUUUGAAUCUUCUCCAUUGUUUUUGACUGGCAUUUCUGGUGUAUGCAACUUUCUGCUGUGUUGGCUAUACUGUAACCCACCAAGGGGUCUUAUAAUUUCUGUAAAUACAAUUCCCAGUCUUGCCAUAUUUUUCUACCAAUGUUAUGUCUAGAUUUAUCCUCGUAAAUCUACUUUCUUCUUCAAAUUAUACCUCA